AUGGCCCACAAGAGUCCCAUAACCACCCACGUUCUGGACACAACCCACGGCGUAGCCGCAAGAGGCGUCAAAGUGCGUCUGGAACAGCUCUCCCAAACCGCAUCAUCCUCCAGUCAGUCGUGGGAAGUCCUCGCAGACGGGGAAACGAACGAAGAUGGUCGAUGCACAACCCUCCUACCCGGGACGGCUGCGGACGGGCCACACCAGCUGCGCCCGGGAGUCUACCGCCUCGAGUUUCACGUGAAGGAGUACUUUGAGAAGCUUGAGAGGUCCAGCUUCUUCCCCUUUGUUCAUGUCGUAUUCGAAGUCCCGGAAGAUCCCAACCCGCACUACCACAUCCCCUUACUGCUGUCGCCGUACAGCUACUCGACGUAUAGGGGUACAUGA